UGCAGAGCUCAGUGCUACGAGUACCCCUCCUGCCCCGACGUGGUGAAAGGCAAGUGUCAUUUUCUGUGCUCAGCUCCUAGAGAGGAGGUUGCCUACGUGACCUGCACCUACAGGUCAACCUGCAUCGAGCAACCUGACUUCUUGGCCACCGUCGACCUCAACCCCAGGUCUCCCCAUUACGGCCAGGUGAUCCACCGCCUGCCCAUGCCCAACCUCAAGGACGAGCUGCAUUCCUCGGGGUGGAGCGCUGGCUGCACCUGCUUUGACAGUGUCACCACGAGGAGGAACAAGCUGGUGCUGCCCUGUCUGAUCUCCUCCCGCAUCUACGUGGUGGAUGUGGGCUCGCAGUGCCGAGCUCCCAAGCUGUGCAAGAUGAUUGAGCCAGUGGAUGUGUUCUGGAAGUGCAACAAGGGCUACCUGGCAGUGACUCACAGCCUGCCCAACGGGGAUGUGCUGAUUGCCAACAUGGGAGACCCAGCUGGCAAUGGCAAAGGAGGAUUCAUCGUGCUGGAUGGAGAGACCUUUGAGCUGAAGGGCAACUGGGAGAAUGAGUGUGAAGCUCCCCCGACCGGCUACGACUUCUGGUACCAGCCACGGCACAACGUGCUGGUCAGCUCUGCUGGGCUGGUCCCCAAACGGGCAGGACGGGGAUUCAACCCCGACGACCUGAAGAAAGGGGUCUUUGGGCGCCGCCUGAACGUGUGGAACUUGUCCUGCCGCAGCCUCACGCAGUGCUUCGACCUGGGGGAGGACUCCCUGCCCCUGAGCGUGAAGUUCCUGCACAACCCCGAGGCUGCCGAGGGCUACGUCAGCUGUGCCCUCAGCGGAGUCGUCUACCGCUUCUACAAGUGCGAGAGGGAGAACUGGGCAGUGGAGGAGGUGAUCCGCAUCCCUGCCAAGGAUGUGUCGGGAUGGAUCAUGCCCAAGAUGCCAGCCUUCACCGUGGACCUGAUCAUCUCGACGGACGACAGGUUCCUGUACCUCAGCAACUGGCUGCACGGAGACAUCCGCCAGUACGAGCUCUCCAAGAACUGCAAGCCCAGGCUGGUGGGGCAGGUGUUUGUGGGAGGCAGCAUCCUCCGAGGUGGCCCCGUAACCGUGUGUAGGGAUGAGGAGCUCAAGUGCCAGCCAGAUCCCCUGGUGAUCAAGUGCAAGAGAGUGUAUGGUGGCCCCAGCAAACUGCAGCUGAGCCUGGAUGGUCGCAGGCUGUAUGUCACCAACUCCUUCUACAGCGCCUGGGACAAGCAGUUCUACCCCAACAUGGUCAAGUAA